AUGCUCGCUUCUACUUCACGGACUGCUACAUAUGUAGUGGGGCAACAGUGUCGGGUGUUUGUGUCGCGACGAUGGAUGAGUGUGCGACCAGAGGAAAAAGAAGUACAUGCACGUAAAAAGGUUACGAUCCAAAAACUCCAUGCACUCAAACAAAAGGGAACACCCAUCACGGUGCUUACAGCCUACGAUUAUCCUAGUGGUGUACGGUGCGAACGUGGGGACAUUGAUGUCACACUCGUUGGGGAUAGUUUGGCUCAAGUGGCUCUUGGGUAUGACUCGACCACACGCCUGACGCUAGACGAGAUGCUUCAUCAUAUCCGUGCCGUCGCUCGAGGGUCGCGUGCGCCAUUCUUAGUAGCAGAUAUGCCAUUUGGAACGUACCAUGCCUCAGUGGAAGACAGUAUUCGCUCUGCUGUACGAAUGGUUCGUGAGGGUGGAGCUGAAGCAGUCAAACUUGAGGGAGGGAAGGAACUCGUGCCUACCGUCAAGGCACUAACAAGCAUUGGGAUACCAGUCAUGGCGCACAUUGGGUUACUUCCACAACGACACACUGCCUCAUCAGGGUACCGAGUUCAGGGGAAGGAUACUGCGAGCGCAAUCGAAUUAAUCCAUGCGGCCAACGAAUUGCAACAUGCAGGGGCGUUUUCUAUUGUUCUAGAGGCGGUCCCACACCUUCUUGCGACACAUAUCAGUAAACGAAUACGCAUACCUACUAUCGGUAUCGGUGCCGGACCCGGGUGCGAUGGGCAAGUACUCGUUCAAGACGAUGCAUUGGGGGUAUGGUCGGGCCACAAAGCUAAAUUCGUACGAAGGUUCGCCGAGAUUGGACCUGCAGCGACAGAGGGUGUCUGUGCAUAUGCCAAGGCGGUUAGGGAUGGAAGUUUCCCGACUGUGGGCACCGAAUCGUAUGACAUGGACCCCAAAGAAUGGGAAAAAAUUGCAGAACAUGAACAAGCUUGA